GUAACAAAAGUGAAAAAAGAAAUACCCCCUCGAUAAUCGCAGCAUUCCCGGCCCCCAGAAGCGGUGCCCACUCAGUCCGCUCCUCUCUCCUCCCUCUCCCGCCAGCCGCUCCACGCCCCUCCCCCCAAGCUGGCACCUAGCCUUGCCAGCGCUUCGUAGGGGCUUUAUCACGCCGAUUGCAAGCGGGGCGGUCACACAUGGGACAGAAACGUUAGAGAGGCACCGCUCGUGUCCACUCCGUGGUCAUGGCCCAACCUGUCUCACACUCGGUGGUCCAGGUCCCGCGGUGCCGGUCUGGUGCCUACCUGAGCUCGGCCCGCAGCCGAGCCACCCACGAGAGGGCAGCUCCAGGAUCUAGGGGGCGCGCGUUCCACUUCCAGGGGACGGGCUCCGAGAGAAUCUACCUAGCUACCGUAGACGUCACCACGACUUAGGCUGACGAUUGGCUGACCGACUGAACAUACUUAAACUUCCGGUUCUAGAACGUGGGUCAUCAGAGACCCUCUCUCCACAGACCAUAACCACAACCCCCAGAAUCCAACGGGCCUCUCCGAGGGGAAAGCUCGUCUGAGGAUGCGUAGUAAGGAUGGCUGGCCCGGAAGCCGGAGGUUCAAAGCUGGACAGCGUCGAAGUUGUGGCUGGCUCUAGCUCCCGCCUUAGUGGGCGGAGUUGUGCUGUGUCCGAGAGUGACAUGCCAUCUGCCAAGCAGCUAGCUGACAUUGGCUACAAGACCUUCUCUGCCUCCAUGAUGCUCCUCACUGUGUACGGGGGCUACCUCUGCAGUGCUCGAGCUUACGACUAUCUCCAGCAGCGCAGCUCCCGGCGCCGGGCUGCAGAAGAACAGAAGACCUCAGGAGUCCUGUAGAACUGGGAGACUUUUUCCCCUGAGUAGAGAAGCCUGAGCCAUGCUGUGGAAGGACAUCGCCAGCUAUCAUUUCCAAGUCAAGAAGACUAGGGCCUUGAUGGUUUUCAAAUCCUGCUGGAAGAAAGUGCCCACGGUUUCUCUGGUACUGCCAGUUUGUGCCAAUUUGACACAGUUUGUGGAGGCUCUCGAAUCAUAAUAGGAAUGUGAGGGUGAGAAACACCUCCAGACAUUAAAUAUUUUGCCAUGUCUA